AUGCCGGAGCUAGACGACUCCGAACAGUGUCAACAGGAAACCAAUAACACUCCCGCACUAUUGGAGCAGAUACAGAGCAGGGAAAACUCACUUGGGAAACAGGAGCGUAUUGAGCUCUCGGAGAAGAUCCAAGAACGCUACGGUGCCGACCUCAGCCCAAGACGCCGUGGACGUUGUGAAGACACGUGCGGGUUUCGAGGGGCAAAAGACGGCGUAGGAGGCAAGUCUGCAAUCUGGGACACUCAAAAAUAUUCUGUCCUCGCCCCGACCGCCAGCGGGAUGAACAAGAUCGUCUCCUUCGGUCUGGGCGACCUCUCUGAUGACGAACAUGCCAAAUUUGAACAGUGUCAAGAUGACAGGCGAAACCGAAACCAGCACGAAGCCGUCUUGACGAUGGCACGAGUCCUUAAAGAGCGACUGGUUGGGAAGUUCGCUGCUACCUGCAAGCCCCAGUCAGAACACAAGACACCAUCAAAUCUCUCAGGAGCCGCAAUAAUCGUGGCCAUUAAUGACUCACAGGGGUUUAUCGAUGCCGACGAUUUGACGCUGGUCUUUAGUGUCUCUUCAGGCAUACCCGUCAAGCAAAUCAUUGCGGACCUGGCUAGGGCGGCCAUUACCAUCUGGGUCACUAUGUUGCCUAGGGAUGGGGGACGGGGUUGGGUUCUUGUGAAGCACGGUGACAACGAAACAUGGGUAUAUUUCAUAUUGCCCACGAACUGA